CCACAAUCAACCAAAAGACCCAAAGAGACCACAAGAAACCCGUUCACCUUCGUCCUUUGACGACCACAACGCAUCCCUCAUUCCUUAUCUCGCCUUCCACCAUCCUCACCACCGACAUCUCCUCCCUCCGUGUCUCUUGAAGCGCCCAUUUUUAUCUGCGCACGCCACCUCGAGCGCCGCAUCUCAUUAAUCGAAGUUUUUUUGACCGGCCUCCCACUACGUUUCUUUCAACAUGCCGCCCAAAGGCAAAGUGGCCGACCAGCCCAAGAAAACCAAGGCCAGUGUCGAAGAUAAAACAUUUGGCAUGAAAAAUAAAAAGGGUGGCAGUGCGAAGAAACAAAUUGCCCAACUCCAGGCACAAGCCAAGUCAAACAAGUCGCCCGAGGAGAAACGAAAAGAAGCAGAAAAGGAACAGAGAAAGAAGGAGAAGGAGGCUGCUGAAGCGGCCAAGGCAGAGGCUGCCGAAUUAUUCAAGCCCAUUCAGGUCCAGAAAGUACCUUUCGGUGUCGACCCGAAGACGGUGCUCUGUCAGUUUUUCAAGCAAGGCCAUUGCGACAAGGGAAGGAAAUGCAAGUUCAGCCACGAUCUCGACGUGGGAAAGAAGGUGGCCAAGAAGGAUCUCUACCAAGACACUCGAGAACAAGAGAAAGAGGACAAGGAAAAGGAUACCAUGGAUGAUUGGGACGAAGAAAAAUUGCGCAAAGUCGUCGUCAGCAAACACGGCAAUCCACGCACGACGACGGACAAGGUCUGCAAGUACUUCAUCCAGGCGGUGGAGGACGGGAAGUAUGGCUGGUUUUGGACUUGCCCCAAUGGAGGCGACAAGUGCAUGUACAGGCACAGUUUACCACCUGGAUUUGUACUCAAGACUCGAGAGCAGCGACGUGCCGAGAAGGAACUCAUGGACAAGUCUCCAUUGAAAACGCUCACCCUAGAAGACUUUUUGGAGUCUGAACGACACAAGCUCACAGGGACUUUGACCCCGGUGACGCCCGAGUCAUUCGCCAAAUGGAAGAAAGAGCGUAUGGACAAGAAAGCCGCCGAAGAGCAAGCACGAAAGGCCAAGGAAGCCACCGGUCGAGCCAUGUUCGAAAGUGGGAACUGGAAAGGUUCCGAAGAUGAAGACAGCAGUGAUGACGACGACGACGAUGAGGGUUCAUUCAACCUUGAGGCGAUGCGUAGAGAGACUGAAAGGAUCCGACAGCAAAAGGAAGAAGAACGACUGGCCAGAGCCAACGGUGGGGUGGUUCCUGAUGACAACAACGAAGAUACAGAAAGUCCAGCGGAUGCGUCUGACAGCAACGGUGAUACGGGAGACGGCAGUGGAGGACAAGGCUGAGAAAGAGGUGUUUGGGUUAUUUUUAUAUGACACUCUGAUACCACGCCCAGCGAACGUUUAGCGAAACACAUCACGGAGUACAGGCACAAGACAGACUCGACUUGCGAUUAACCCCGGUCCAAAGGAAGCAUCCGGGUUUCGCAGAGAUCACUUAUGAAAUUUAUGGGAGGAAAAGCGUGUCUACAAAACAAGCUAGAGGCUUCUCUGAUACUACAUUGACGAUUCAAUACGAUGGAUGGGUCGCAGUUGGGGAGAGUAGUUGGUUUUGCCUUGUUGACCUGGGUGAGUUGAGACCGUCUAUAUAGCUAUGGUCGAGAUAGAUCACUCGUACGAGACAAGGAUCACAUGAGAACGAGAACAAGACAGACUGACUUGAGGGAAAACACCAUUCUUCUAUUGCUAUAAUAUGUG